AUGACUGUUCAACUUUCAAGAGGAACAUUGAAGGAUAUAUUCUCAAUAUCUGGUCGUAAUAACGUUAGAACUCCAUUUGUAUUACAAGUCAAUAAUAUUAAACCUGUUGCCGUUGCUGGUGAUGUCAAGAAAUAUAGAAUCCUAGUUAAUGAUGGUGUUUAUUCAUGUCAUGGUUUAAUUGAUGAAACUUGUGUUCCAUAUUUAGAAAAUAAUGGAUUUGCUAGAUAUUCAAUUUUACAAGUUAAUGAUUAUAGUGUAUUUGCAACUCAAAAACAUAUUAUUUUAGUCAAACAAUGUGAAUUAUUAACUCAAACCAGUGAUAAACCAGGCGAAUUAAUAGCUAUUGAUACUUAUUAUGCUAAUAAUCCAGAUGAUGAUUCUUUAGGUGUAUCUAAAAAGUCAGCCACAGGUGAACAAUUUGCGAGAUCUGAAUCUCCAGUUGCAACUCCUCCAGUGCAACAGCAACAACCACAGCAAAACGCGUACAGUAAUACCUACGGGGCACAACAACACACACCUGCCCAACCAGACGGUGCGCCAGCACGUAGAGUGACUCCAAUUGAAACUUUAUCACCAUAUCAAAAUAAUUGGACAAUUAAAGCUAGAGUCUCAUACAAGGGAGAUCUUAGAACUUGGUCAAAUGCAAAAGGUGAAGGUAAAUUAUUUAGUGUCAAUUUAUUAGAUGAAUCAGAUGAAAUUAAAGCCACUGCAUUCAAUGAAACUGCAGAAAGAGGAUUUAAAUUAUUAGAAGAAGGAAAAGUUUAUUAUAUCUCAAAGGCAAAAGUUCAAGGUGCCAAAAAGAAAUUCAAUCAUUUGACUCAUCCAUAUGAAUUAACAUUAGAUAGAGAUACUGAAAUUGUUGAAUGUUUUGAUACUUCAAAUGUUCCAAAAUUACAUUUCAAUUUUGUUAAAUUAGAUCAAAUCCAAAAUCUUGAACCAAAUGCAAUUGUUGAUGUUAUUGGUGCUUUAAAACAUGUAAAUGAAGCUUUUCAAAUCAUUGCAAAAUCAACCGGGAAAGCAUUUGAUAGAAGAAAUAUCACUAUUGUAGAUGAAUCUGGGUUUGCCAUCGAAGUUGGAUUAUGGAAUACCACUGCCGUAGAUUUCAAUAUCCCAGAAGGUUCCGUCAUUGCUUUCAAAGGUUGUAAAGUCCAAGAUUUCAAUGGAAGAUCAUUAACUUUAUCCCAAUCAGGUUCAUUAAUCCCCAAUCCAGAAACUCCAGAAGCGUAUCAAUUGAAAGGAUGGUAUGAUAACCAAGGUAUAAAUGAAUCAUUCAAGAGUCUUAAAGUUGAAUCAUCCUCGGGAUCGGCCAAUUUAUUCGAAUCAAGAAAAUUGAUUUCUCAAGCUCAAGAUGAAAAUUUGGGUAAAUCUGAAAAACCCGAUUAUUUCUCCAUUAAAGCGACUAUUUCAUUCACUAAACAUGAAACGUUCUCUUAUCCUGCUUGUCCAAAUAUUGUUCAACCUGCUGCCGCUGCUGCUGGUGGUACACAAGUCCAAAGACCUCCACAACCAUGUAAUAGAAAAUUAAUCGAACAAUCCAGCGAUGGAACUUGGAGAUGUGAAAGAUGUGAUAUGAAUUAUGCUGAACCUACCCAUCGUUAUAUUUUCAAUUGUGCCGUUAUGGAUACUUCGGGACAAAUUUGGAUUACUUUGUUUGAUGCUGAGGCCAGGAAAUUAUUUGGAAUGGAUGCUGGUGAAUUAAUGAAAUUAAGAGAAGCUAGUUUGGAUGAUCCUUCAAAUACGGAAUUUAUUGAUAAGAUUAACAGUAUUACUUUUAAAGAAUAUAAUUUCAGAAUUAGAGCCAGACAAGAUACUUAUAAUGAUACUUUAAGAGUGAGGUAUCAAGCUGUUGGUAUUGAUCCAGUUGAUUAUAAUGCGGAAGCAGAACAUUUAUGUAAAGAAUUGGAACAAUUGAUGGGUUAG